AUGCCUGCUCUGCGCAACGGCAGGGCUUCCAGAGCCUGCACAACCUGUCGGCGUGGCAAGACGCGGUGCUAUACAGAUGCUAAUGGCACCAAGUCCUGUCUGCGAUGCCACACCUUGGCGCUCAGCUGCUCAUUCAACAAAGACGAUGGUUUUAUUUCUUCUACACUAAUUGACAAUAAAGUCGUUGAGAAUGAAACAAAUGAGCCAAAAGGUGACCGAAAUCAUGAUGUCGCCUCGAGGCUUGCAUCUUUAGAGACGAUGGUUCUAUCUUUGACCACUCGUCUUGAUACCAUAUUGGCCAAUCAAGGUCAAACUAUGGGCCCUACCAAAGAUUCACAGCACACGCCACCGUCUAGUGUUGCCUCACUAUGUCCUCCUCCAGCGCCUGUCAUUCUCAUUCGUGACGCUUCGAUUGACUCUGGAAUUUAUAGUCAAGAAAAAUUGGACAUUAAGGAUUCCGAAGAAUCGCAAGACGUGAUAUCUAGUGGACUAGUGCCUUUUGAAUCUGCUCACGAGUUGAUCACAUUGUUUAUUCGCAAUUAUGGUCGGUGGAUCUUAGUUUCGCAAGAGACUAAUAUUGAAUCUGCAAUGACGGCGUUCCGACGAUCGCCCUUGCUCUUAACCAGUGUGUUGCUGAUCGCCAUUAGGCAUACGGAAGGUCAGCGUGAGCAACAAGCCGAAAAAUUGCUGAGGGAGGUUAAGAAGCUGCUUGGUUUGCAGUUACUAAUAGUCCCCCAAAACUUGGAAUUUUACCAGGCAAUCAUUAUUCUAAGUCUCUGGUCGACUUCUGCAGGAAGAGUACCCAUGAAGAUUGACAGCUGGGUCUUGACAAGCCAUGCGCUGCAGCAAACUCUCGUUACAAGUGAAUUUGCCUUUUUACACGGCCUAGAUGAUCAAUCCUACAGCGGCACAAGUACCAACCGGUACAAGUAUCGGUGUAUUUGGAAUCACUUGGUGCUUGCACACCUGCAAAUUUGCGUGAGCACUCAGAGAAAGACUAUGCUUACAGAGAGGCAUAUCAGCUUGUGUAAAGUGCCUUCAGAUGUGAAGCCAUCCAACAACUACGAAAUGAGGAUGGUUGCAGAAGUUCAGCUGUACUGGAUCAACUACCAGCACUGCUGCUCUCGAACACUCAGUAACAUACACCAAAUCGACAGGCAUCUUGAACUUUGGCAGCGCGACUGGAAAAAGCUCUUUGAUGAGCCACGCUCCCAAUUCCUACAACUUGGAUUCAAGUUUACAUACCUUUUCGCCCACUACCAAUGGCUGCAGUCCUCUCAGAUGAAGAGCCAACCUACAACUCUCAUCGACAUGAUAGCCUUAGCAACGGAUAUAAUCACUGUCAUAGUGGACACGACGGAUGGCCUCUCGCAGUAUCUAACGGAUCAUGUUUACCAUAUUGUUACUUUUGCAGCUCUCGUCCUCUGUCAUAUCCUGCCAAGCUACCAAACUCAGCUACAGGAAAACAACGUUGAUACAGGAGCAGUUGAAGAGUUGAUUAUCAAACUGUUGGGCUGGUUAGAAACCAUUGGCACAGCUGGUCACAUCGCUCGUGUUCUCUGGCCUGUCAUAUCCUACCGUUUUGCUAAGAUGCAGAGCAUGCACAUGUCCGCGAGUAAUUCGCGCAGCACUACAUCACACUCUACGAUAGACUUUGACAUUCUCGGCCUUGAAAUGUUCACGGAAUAUGACGGAAUAAGCCUCUGGUCAGAUUUACCUGUUGAUCAAAAUGGAUUUACCUGGAAUAUCUAG